CGUAGUUAGUGAAAGUCGUCGGAUUCCCUACACACUAGGGUUUUCUUUUCCUAAAUCCUCAUCAAUUUUCCGAACCAUCUUUCCUUGACAUUCGACAGGUAAAGGAAUAGUGGUCAGGAGGUAUUUUUUUUAGCCAGAUGGCAGUAUUGUAACUACAGCACGUCAGAAGUCGUUCAAUUAAGAGGCGAAGCUUUUAUGCUGAAGGCCGCAACCGGAAGAGUUGUUCUUUUUAACUUGCAAUUGAGGAAGUAGACGCGACGAUGAGGUUUCAGUUUGCAAUGAGUACCUUCUUGUCCAUUCGCGUCUAAAACCAGAACACACCGAGUCAAGCGGGUCUGGGGGGCUGUCCGGCUUUCAACGCAGACACGGAGUUCGUAGGGAAAAUACACGCGGUGUGUCUGCUUGCGUGUCUGCUAGCUUACUCGGGGAGUAGCCUAGAGAUGUGCACGCAGACGAGGGCUGCGGCUCUGAUGGCCAACAUACCGCGGGUAGACAUCGACCCGUCCGGUGUCUUUAAGUACGUCCUCAUCCGAGUGCACAGCAAAGAGGAGGGAGACGACUCGGAGAUCGACAUAGUCCGCGGAUACGCCUGGGCGGAGUACCACGCUGAUAUCUAUGACAAGGUGUCAGAGGAAUUGGAAAAAGGCGGCCACCUGGACUGUGAGUGUAUCGGAGGGGGGAGGAUCAACCACGACCCCCAGGCCAAGAAAAUCCACGUCUACGGAUACUCAAUAGGAUUUGGAAGAGCAAACCACGCUGUAGCUACUGAAAAACUGAAGGUUCAGUAUCCAGACUAUGAGGUGACCUGGGACAAUGAAGGAUACUGAACUGACCCAAGAUUCGCCGCUGUUGGGCGCCCAUACACCUGGACUGACAAGACACUGAUCAGUAACCCCCUCAUUAGGAACCACAUGAGCUUUUUGAUACUGCAUUGGUAAUCCAAGACUCACUUAGAAGUCUGAUUUAGAGAAGUGCGCCUAUUUUUGAAAGUUCUAAUUUUUAUGUUAAAAUUUGAGUGGGGAAAAAAAACGUUUUACUCCACUUGGAUCAAAAGCACGAUUGUGUUCUCCUAGUGUGAAUAAAUAACUGGUCCUGACAUUAAGUCACUCCCCUACUUGUUGGAGAGUCAUAAAUAUGACCUAAUCAUUAAGAUAUGUUGGAUACUUUGAUGCUUUGUAGUGAUGUAUGUUUCAUAAAUGUUGCCUGUAAACUCCUUUUA